AUGCGGACUUUGAACAUGGCUACUGGCAAUGGCAGUUCAUCUCCAGAUAUGGUAGAGCCCAUUGCCGUGAUUGGUCUCGCUACUCGAUUCCCUCAGGAGGCCACUACUACCGAAACCUUGUGGGAGCUUCUGCUACAAGCCCGGUCAACCUGGUCGACUAUUCCAAAAGAAAGAUUCAAUGCCGACGCGUUCUUUCAUCCAGAUCCCGAACAUGGAGGAACAUUUCAUGUGCAAGGGGGCCACUUCCUAUCCGAAGAUCCUGCUUACUUUGACGGAUCCUUCUUCAACAUUACGAAAAACGAACUUAUGACCCUUGAUCCUCAGCAGCGUCUGGUCCUGGAAAACGUCUACCAUGCAUUGGAAAACUCCGGUAUUCCAAUAGCUGCCGCUGCUGGCUCCAAUACCUCGGUUUUUGUCAGCGGAUUCAACCAUGAUUACCUGGGAAUCCUUAAUUCCGAUCCAGAGACCGCCCUCAAGUACAAGCCCACGGGAGUCGUGAAUGCAAUCCUGUCAAACAGAGUCAGCUGGUUCUUUGAUUUCAAGGGUCCCAGUAUGACCAUCGAUACGGCUUGUUCCAGCAGCUUGGUUGCACUGCACCUGGCUGUACAGAGCCUCCGGGCCCGAGAGUCAAAUAUGGCUCUGGUCAGUGGGGUGAGUAUCCUGGAGAAUCCUGUGGAGACAGUCGGCAUGAGCCACCACGGUCUUCUCGGAACUCAAGGCCGGUGCUUUAGCUUUGACUCCCGUGCGGAGGGCUAUGCCCGUGGGGAAGGAGUGGGUACAGUGGUUCUGAAACCAUUGAGCACUGCUAUUCGAGACGGUGAUACAAUCCGUGCCGUGAUCCGUGAAACUGGUGUCAACCAGGAUGGUCGUACAUCGGGACUUACUGUUCCAAGUGCGGAGGCCCAAGAGAAACUCAUCCGAGAGGUGUACUGGAGAGCUGGCCUGGAUUUGAAGCAAACUAGAUUUGUGGAGGCCCACGGGACUGGAACCAGCAUAGGUGAUCCGAUUGAGGCGGGGGCGCUCGCAAGAGCGUUCAAGUGUCGACGGGAGACGCCCCUGUACGUUGGAACCAUCAAAUCUACCAUUGGGCAUCUGGAAGGAGGUUCCGGCGUGGCUAGCCUUAUCAAAUCCAUCCUUAUCCUCGAGUCGGGAGUCAUUCCACCUAAUCUCGAUAUCCAGGAGAUUAAUGCCAAAAUUCCUGCGGUCGAAUGGAAUAUCGCAUUUCCCAAGGAAAUUACUCCAUGGCCUUCGGAAGGGCUCCGCAGAAUUUCUGUCAAUUCCUUCGGGAUCGGAGGGACCAAUGCCCAUUGCGUCCUUGACGACGCCUGCCACUAUCUUCAAAGUCGCCUCCUUGAUGCUACGCACCAAACUAAUGCCACCGUUCCGAAAACUUUCAGUCUGUUCUUAUCUCGGGCUGAUGCCGAGCUUGACAGUAUACCUGAUUCUACGGAUGAGAACAAUGGUGGCGUCAUUUCGAUUGGAACACCCGGAACCUCUGUAGCCGAUGGUCCCUGUUUAUCUACAGGACUGGGUCAAAUCAAUCCAUACCCUACUCUUCAAGAUGCACCCAGGAUAUUCUUGCUGUCGGCAUUCGAUGAAGGCGGCGUUAAGCGAGCUGCGGAUACAUAUUCCCGCUAUCUGAGCCGGAAAAUUGACCAACCCAGAGACACUGAGCACCUACUGGAAGACCUUUCAUUUACACUCACCAAGCGGCGCUCAGUAUUCCCAUGGAAGAGCUUUAUUUCUGCAUCUACACUCAAAGAGCUCUCAUGGAAUUUAACCGAGGGCAACUUCUCAAAGCCAGUUCGAUCACUCAAUGCACCAGAAAUACAUUUCGUUUUCACCGGGCAAGGUGCACAGUAUGAAGGAAUGGGGAAGGCGCUCUUGGUUUAUCCGGUGUUCCAGAAGUCCCUCCGAGAGGCAUCUGAAUACAUUCGCCGACUAGGAAGCCCCUGGUCACUUAUCGAUCAGCUUCUCGAAGAAGGGAACCUCGCCAGUGUGGGCCUCCCAGAGAUUGCGCACCCACUGUGUACUGCACUGCAGGUGGCACUUGUGGACCUUUUGGCUAGCUGGGACAUAUUCCCAACCAGCGUGACAGGCCACUCAUCAGGAGAGAUCGCUGCAGCUUACAGCGCAGGUAUAUUAUCCCGACAAGGAGCCUGGACAGCCGCUUACUGUCGCGGCUAUGUCUCAUCAAAGCAGCUCGCAGCCAACGGCGCCAUGAUGGCUGUAGGCUUGAGUGCUUCAGAGCUGGAACCUUAUCUUGAGUGGGUCCACAAAGAGCUUCCUGGCGAGCUGUUGAUUGCCUGCUACAACAGUCCAAAUAACAAUACGGUCUCUGGAGAUGAGGCGUUGGUCGAUUGCCUCAAGUUACGGCUGGACAAUGACGGCGUUUUUGCGCGAAAGCUUAACGUGAAGAAUGCCUACCACUCCGCGCACAUGAGAUCCAUCGCUGAAGAAUAUCUCCAACUGAUGGGAGAUUUGUCUUUCGGGGAAAGAUUAGCUGUACCACACCCAGUUCACAUGUUUUCUACCGUAACUGGUAAGGAAAUUGUGUCAGCAAAUCUUACGGCUCAGUACUGGGUGGACAAUAUGGUAUCUCCAGUGCGGUUUACAAGUGGAUUGCUUUCAAUGCACUCUCGAGCGAUAGAGAUAUCUUCAGAUUCAGAUCUCCCUAGAGCUCCCCCUUUCCUUGUGGAGAUUGGGCCUCACUCUACUCUGCAGAGCGCCAUCAAAGAAACACUAGCGUCUCAGAGCACCGACUCUGACCACAAAUACUUCUCAGUUCUUAAACGAAGUGACCCAAGUCUGAAUCCUUUACUGAGCACAGUCGGAUUUUUGGCUGCUAAUGGGUACCAACUGGACUUGCACAAAGUCAACCUUGCAUCUUGCAUAUAUUUUGACCGACCGGCGAGGCUACUUAUUGAUCUGCCACCUUACAGCUUCAAACAUACCGAGAGGAACCUGUAUGAGAGUCGACUCAGCAGAAAUCUUCGCACGAGAAAGUUCCCACGCCAUGACCUUUUUGGUGCACCUGUUUCUGAUUGGGAUUCGAACGCUCCCAGAUGGAGGCACUUCAUCCGAUUGAAUGAGAAUCCUUGGCUAAGAGACCAUAUGGUCACGGAGAACGUUGUUUACCCUGGAGUGGGAUUUCUUGUUAUGGCUAUUGAGGCUUCACGGCAAUUGGCUGGAGAAAAGGAGAUCACUGGCUUCCAAUUGCGGAAUAUAUCUAUCAACAGAGCCUUGGUAGUCCCAGAUACAAAGGAAGGAAUUGAGAUUAGCCUAUCAAUGACCCCUACAGACAGGCCAUCCGAUAUGAGAACCUGGCGUCGCUUCCAAAUUAGCUCUUUCAAUGAAUCAAGCGAUGAAUGGACAGAGCAUUGCAAUGGUUACGUUGCGGUGCAAUUCGAAUCAUCAUCUGACCUGAUUGACAAUGGCCGUCAAGCAAGCGCAGAAGUCGAAGCUUGGAAGCAGGAAUUCGAAACAGCACAAAAUCUAUGCACCAAGCCCAUCACCUUCGGAAGGACUUACGACAAUCUUCGUGAAAUUGGACUUCACUUUGGUCCUUUGUUCAGAAAUCUUAACAAUGUGCAGGAUAGUGGAUGUCGACUUGGAUUGAUGACCGGUGUAGUGACAGUUCCCGAAAUCGCGCAGUCAAUGCCAAAGCAGUACAUGCACUCUCAUUUGAUCCAUCCGGCCACUAUGGACAGCAUGAUACAUAUGAUGAUUGCUGCCGGCAUUGACCUUAGUGGCAAGCCUGUCCUUGAUCAUAUCAGGCUGCCCACUUAUAUCCGUGAUAUGUGGGUAUCAUCUGAUUUGAGUGCUGCACCACUUAAUGACUUCUUCGGGUAUGCAUCAGUUGUUAAUGGUGCAUCUGACAAAUUACAAGGCCAUAUUCGAAUCAUGGGCGCUGGAGGCCAGCCUCGUAUUCGGAUGGAUGGCAUUGAGCUCACACGGCUUGAGUCCACGUCAAUUGAAAAUGAUGAGCGAGAAUUGUGCAGCGCUGUUGACUGGAAGCCGGACGUUUAUUUCCUCGAGUCCACGACAGCAAAUGAGCUUAGCUCGAUUUCAGAAAUCAAUACUGAGGCAAAUCGGUACUGGGUUGAGCGACUUCAAAUGGCGACUAUGCUUUAUGUCACCGAUGCCUUAGUUGAUCUCAAUGGCAUGGAUAUCACCAAGCUUGAUUCUCACAUGAAAAAAUUCCACGACUGGAUGAUUCACUGGCAGAACAUGCUUGUGAACGAUCAAAUCAUUCACCUCCCAUAUUCUGAGUUUCAAAGAGUGUCUCUGGAUUCUUUGUUGAAGCAGAGGAUAUAUAAAGAGAUUGAGAGCCACAGUGCUGAAGGUGCGAUCACAGCCCGCAUGGGUCGCAACAUUGCCGCCGUUAUACGGAAAGAGGUCGACCCUUUGAAUUUAAUGUUCGGCCAAGACAAUGUGAUGGAGGAUGUAUAUAAAGAGGGCCUUCAUCUUUAUAACCUCCCAAAACAUCUCAAGAGCCAUCUAUCUCUUCUUCGCCACCAGCAUUCAGGGUUGAAAAUUCUGGAGAUUGGUGGCGGCACUGGCAGCUUCACGGCAGAAGUCUUUAGCGUGCUUGCACCAGAGAAAGAUGCCACAAGAGCGAAUAUAUCAACAUAUACGUUCACCGACAUCUCGCCCGGCUUCUUUGAAAAAGCAAAACGCAGAUUCCAGGUUUGGGCCGACAUCAUGUCCUUCCAGCCCCUCAACAUCGAGAAAAGUCCAUUUGAUCAAGGAUUUGAAGAAGGCACUUACGAUUUGAUCUUUGCUGGAAAUGUCAUCCAUGCAACAAAGAAUCUAAACAUAGCAUUGCGAAACCUCCGAUCCUUGCUCCGACCUGGUGGUCAGCUGAUCAUGCAAGAAGGAAUCCGACAAGACUUCCUGUGGUACCCUCUCGUCUUCGGCCAGCUUCCUGGAUGGUGGCUCGGCGACGAGCCUAUUCGGAAACGGUGUCCAUACAUCCCGACAUCCGAAUGGAAUACGCUACUCAACGACUCCGGCUUCUCCGGUGUGGACAUUGAGUAUCAAAGCUCCACCGAGGACGAUUUGACUUGGCAAAGUAUUCUGAUAUCUACAGCUCACUUGGUCGAAACACAAACCCGGCCAAGCGUUUUUAUCCUCACUAUGGGAACCGCUGGAGAAGAUCCUGUAGUUUCUCAUUUGCAGGACAUUUUGAUAGGCACUUUCCCGAAUGUGUCUACCAUACGGCCAUCUGAAUUAGAUCCCGAGUCUGGUCCGAAUACUCUUUGCAUUUCUUUGGUCGACCUGCAGACAUCAUUCCUGUCGCAGGUUAAUGAGAAAGAAUAUAUCGCGGUAAGAAGGUUGCUCACAGAAUGUGGAAAUAUCUUCUGGGUUACCCCUAGCCCCCGUGACAAACCGCUAUCCAAUACAAGCUUAGGUCUACUGCGGACAGUGCGUUGGGAAAGAAACUCAGAUGGUUCUAAUAUUGUGACGUUGGCAGUUUCGGAAGGUUCUCUGGACGAUUUGGCUGAAUGCAUUCAUCGGAUUGCUAUUCAUCAAUUCGUGAAGAAGAAUGCCCGUGAAAGACAUGCUGAAUACUUUUUGCAGAAUAAGAUCAUUCAUAUUGGUCGCCUUCGCCAGUGGAAUGAAGCUGAUAACUUCCUCUCUCUUCCUUCAUCUGGCCCCAAUCAUGAGCUAGUUCAACUAGGUGAUGUAAGUCGGCCGAUUGAGUUGAAAUUUGCAGAGUAUGGAUCAGAACCACGUCAAUUGUGCUGGGCUCAAGAUCACCAGCACGACCAGAGCCUUGGACCAUCCGAGGUCGAAGUGGAAAUCCGGGCCAUAGGUCUUACUUCUGAACUUGGCUCUGCUUUGACGUCAAACGAGGCCUCUGGUGUCGUGAGAACUAUCGGUCUAGCCGUGAAAGGCGUCAUUCCCGGUGACCAUGUCGUUCUCACAACUUCAGGGGGUAGCUGUCACUUUUUCAAGACUUUGGCACGGAUUGACCAGUCAUAUGUGGUCAAGAUACCCGGAAAUGUCCCGCUUAAGAUUGCUGCUGGGCUGCCCUCAAUCUAUGCGACCGCAAUAUAUGGUCUCUCGGAGGUAGCUCGUCUACGUGAGAAUGGCAGUAUCCUCAUUCACAAUGGCGCCGCGGCUCUUGGACAGGCUGUACUCCAGUAUGCACGUUUGCUUGGAGCCUUCAUUUUCACUACAGUGUCGACAGUCGAAGAGCGAGAACUCCUCAUAUCGGAGUAUGGCAUGCCAGCAGGAUGUAUAUUUUCCAAUAGAGACCUCGGAUUCUCAAAGGCUGUGAUGCGGACUACAAACGCUGUUGGUGUUGAUGUCGUGUUCAAUACUUUGAAUGGCGAGGCUUUGCAAGAGUCUUUGGCUUGCGUUGCUCCUUUUGGUCAUUUCAUUCAUGUUUCGAACAAGAAUGCUGGUGUUGAAACAAUUAUUGACCUCGCCGCGAUACAGAAAUGUGUGACGGUGACGAGUGUCGACAUUGAGUUGUUUAUGGCAGAUCGUCCGGAACUCAUUGGUCAGCUCAUUGGUGACGCAUUGAAGUUGUAUGCAGAAGGCAAGAUCAGCCAGGCCCAACCUUUCACUGUCAUGAACUUUGCACAGAUCACAGAUGGAGUCAAACAUUUCCAAAAAAUUGGAGUUAAUGGAAAGAUUGUGUUCGCUCCUAAGCUUUCGGAUAAGAUUCCGUUGCUUCCUGAUCUCAUCGAGCCGUACCAAUUCGACGGUCAGGCAUCUUACCUUCUCGCAGGUGGCCUGGGAGGUUUAGGAAGAAGUCUGGCCCUGUGGAUGGCUUCGCGCGGCGCGAAGCAUCUUGUAUUUCUAUCAAGAUCUGGACGCAUCACAGAUCCUGUGAAGGAAAUGAUUGCCAGUCUGCAAGGGCUUGGAUGUCAGCCUCAUAUCUUUACAUGUGAUGUCUCCGAUACCGAGCGCCUGAGACAUGUCAUUGAAGAAUGUUCUGCCUCGUUGCCACCAAUUAAGGGAUGUAUCCAGGGAUCUAUGGUACUGCGAGAUGGUGCCUUUGCAAACAUGUCAUUUGAGGAUUGGCAGACAGCGAUCCGCCCGAAGGUACAAGGCUCCUGGAACUUACAUGAGACUCUGCCAAUAGACCUGGACUUUUUUGUCAUGCUUUCAUCGGUCGCCGGCAUCUUUGGUAAUCGCGGCCAGUCAAACUAUGCAGCUGGAAACACCUUCCAAGAUGCGCUGGCCGCCUAUCGCACUGCACGUGGUAUGAAUGCAUCCAGCAUCGAUCUUGGCAGCGUAUCCAGCGUUGGAUGGGUCGCAGAGAAUCGAGGCUCAAUGCGAAUGAACACGGACACACUAUUUGAAUUCCUGCACGAGGAAGAGGUGCACAGAGCAGUCGAAUUCCUCAUUGACCAUCGACACAAGAAGGAAAAUACACUCGAUCUUCACUGUUCAUCUCAGUUGGUGCUUGGGCUUCCGACUGCGGAAAUGUGUCGCAAGAACAACAUCCCAACGCCAUCAUACAUUGACUUUCCUCUUUUCACUCAUAUGCGCGCGGCCAACCUGGCGAAGAGCAUAGAAAUCAGCGACCAGGAGACAGUGAACAUUGCCACUCGUCUUUCUGCCGCCUCCAAUCCAACUGAAGCUGUAGAUUUGAUUUCAAAUGGGAUUGUUGAGAGGCUUUCCUCUUUGCUUGCAAUUCCAUCAUCUGAAAUCGAUGCCCAGCGGUUCAGCUUCUCUAGUAUUGACUCACUUGCGUCCAUGGAGUUUGUCUCUUGGAUUGUCAAAAACCUCAAGGCAGAAGUUUCCUUGCUGGAUAUCAUGGGAGCGCGCAGUAUCCGUGCUCUAAGUGAAAAGAUUGAAAACACAACACGACUUACGAGCUAUGCAAAGUGA